GUAACAGGGAGAGUCACUCUGGGAUGGGGUGAAGGCUCCAUCUCUGUGCAGUUGGGAUUUCUCUCCUCCUCUAAGUUCUUUACCUCAAGACUGGACUCCAGCUCUCAGAAGACUUCACUGCUCAGUUUCCUUGAGACUGAGAAUGAGCAGCUGCAGGAUCAGCUCCGAGAGCUCCGGGAUGAGAACUGCAGGCUCUACAGACUGAUGGCAGAGAAAGAUUUUGAAAUAAAGGAGCUCCAGAAAAGAGUCCAGGAGGAGAGGUUGGCUCUGUCAGGGGUGUCUGGUUUAGCUGGAGACGUGGCUGCCACUAAAAUAGUUGAGUUGGCCAAAAGGAACCGGGAGGUGACUGCUGAGUUUGAGAGUGAGAGAGCCAGAGUGAAGCAGCUGAAUCACAGAGUCAAGGAGCUGGAGAGAGAACUACAGGCAGCUGCAGAAAAAAUCCAUUCCCUUGGUGGUGAUGCUGCAGGAAUCAAGGAAUCAGCUCUGAAAAAGCUGGAAGGAAACUUGGCUGAAAAUCCAGAGGUGAAAGCACUGCAAGAAAAAUUGAGCACAGCCAACGUAAAAGUGACAGAAUAUCGAAACCAGCUCCAGAAUUUGAAACAGGAACUGAAGCUGACCCAGAAGAUUUUAGCCAAAGAAGUUGGGGAAGAUGUGAAUAUCCAAAGUCUCUUGACCAAUUCUGGCAGCUGGCGCGGGCGAGCUCAGCAAAUUCUCCUUCUCCAAAGCAAGGUUCAUGAGCUGGAGCAUAAACUGAAUCACCAAAAGAUCAGAGCUUCACUGCUGGAGAUGGAUGAGGGGUUGCUGGCAUUUCCUGAUCCAAGGAAAUUGUCAGUCCAAGAGAAGAACUUGCUGAAGAUUCGCAGCUUGGAAAAAGAAAAGAAGGAAUCUUUGGAGAAACUCUCUGAGCAACACAACACUCUCCAGAAAAGCCAUGAGGAAUUGAAAAAAAAACUUGAUGCCUCAAGAGCCAGGAACCAAAUGCUGUGUGGAGAAGUGAAGAUGCUGAAGGGACAGAUUGGAACCUUGCUGGAGAAAGGGAAACACGAUGAUGAGCUCAUAGAUGCCUUGCUGAGCCAGCAGAAGCAAAUGCAGGAGAUCUUAAAGGGCCUGAGCCAGAAGAAGGAUGAGAACAAGGACUCUGAGCAGACGAUGGACCCUGAGAAUCAGAAACAAAGUGUCCUGAUAGAUGAGCUCAGGCAGUUGGUGGCUGACAGAGAAGCAAAGGUUAAAACUCUAGAGGAGGAGAUUGGGCAGCUCACACAUCAGGACAAGUCAGGAGCUGCUCAUCCACCACACUCUGAGCACUCAGGAUCACCUGAGGCUGGAAGGACAAAAUCUGCCUGCACAGUGUCCGCGAUGGGCCAUGUGCUCGUGGAGUCAGCAGCCUCAGAGCCUUUCUUCCUCAUCCCACCUGGAAGGUCUGCUGGCACGCACAGCUUGAGCUGGGAAGUGCUGCUGGGAGAGCUCAUAACACAGAGGACUCUGUGCCAGGCUGCUGAAGAGGAGAGGGAAAAGCUCCUGGAGCUGGUGGCUGUGCUGCAGAAAAGGGUGGAGGAAAGCAGUGACAAAGUCUUGGAAACUGAGAAGAAGCUCCAGGAGGAGCAGUGGCAGAGUGACAGCUUGGAACAGGAGCUUGAAAAGCUGCAGGUAGAUCCAGAGAGCAGCACAACUGCCCAGGAGCCUGCCCUGAGGAGCGGAAAAGGUGAAGGGGAGCCCUCAGCCCAGCCCAGCCUCCCCUUGCAUGAGAGUGACAGAGAGGAGCUCUCUUCAUCCCUGUCUGAGCUGCCCCUGGAGUCUCCAGUGGAAGAGCUGAGCAGGAGGCUUGGCUUCCAGGUGGAUGAGAACAAAAGUCUGAAGGCUGCUCUGAAGGAGACUGUGACAACCAAAGGGGAUGAUUUUUAACUGCACCAAGUCACAGUGGAGGAAGUGAGGGAUAGGUUUGCAGAGGCUGUUGAGCACCAUACCAGAGAAGAGUUAAUCCAGAUACUGCCAGUCCUUUGGGCUGCAGAGCAGGGACAGAGCCCAGGCAGCAGUGUCAUUCUGCAGCCUCAGAUUGUGUAAUUUCUUCAGCGUUUGCAGGAGAGGAUGAGAAGCAGAGAUGAAAUACAAAAAAUGAAGGUUU